AUGCCCGCCAAGCCUGCGUCGCCACAACCCCACCGCAGAUUGAGAAGCGACGCAAAUCCCCUCCGCAAAGGACAGAAGAAGAAACAUCCCUCGCCGCCUCGCCGGACCAGGAACCAGGAACCAGGAACCAGCGACGCGCGCACAUCCUCGCCGCCCACGUGCGUCCCCGCCAUGCCGGACAAGCCGCCACCGCUGCCCGUGGCCGUGGACCGCCUCGCCAUAUCCAACCGCCUGUCGAUGCUGCUCGCCGACCGCUCCGCCCUCGCCAGGAAGCUGCUGGUCCCGCGGUCCUCGGGGGCGCCCCGGCAGCCCCCUGGCCGCGGGGGGACUCGUCUCGCCGCCGCCGCCGCCGCCGACGACGACGACGGCACGUCGCCCGGGGCCCCUGCGAACCAGGGCGUGGGCUACGUCCCGGAACGGGCGGGGCGGGACGCGAAGCACGAGGACAACAAGGCGCUGCGGGCCAGGAUGCUGGGCAAGCGGCGCGGGCGCGAGCGCGGGCGCGGGCGCGAGAGCAAGGGCGACGGCGACAGCGAGAGCGACGACGUCGAGGGCAGGGGCUCGCUGGGGAGGAGGAAGCGCCCGCGGAGGGGCGAGGCGGGCGACGGCGACGGCGACGGCGACGGCACGCAGGACCGCGCGCCCCGACGAGAGGACGCUUGUGGCGACGGGCCGCCGGAGACGGCGGGCAGCAGGAGCAAGAGGGAGCGGAGGCGGAGGCGGAAGCAAAAGACGGCGGACGACAAGAACGACGGCUGA